AUGGAUCUGCUGUCUGUUCGGAGGGCCCGAAUGGCUUAUUCCUCCUGCAUACCAUGAAUCCACUUUGAUAUCCUACGAUCGAGGACGAGACUACAAAGCUAGCCGAGACGCUCGCACUCCCGAGUGGCAUACUGAACCACAUUCUUCCUAUCUUUGCUGAGUUCUCCUAAACUCGAGCCAUUAUGUCGUUCUAUCCAACCUUGAGGCCGAAGAAGCGCAUCGUAAUUUGUUGCGAUGGCACGUGGCAAUCCUCCGCUCAUGGCCAUCACAACGUACCCUCCAAUGUGGCAAAAAUCAGUCGAUCUAUCGGGAAUUGGUACAUUGAUGAGAACGAAUUAACAGCACCUCAAAUCGUAUACUACGAUGCUGGUGUCGGCACUGGAAUGGGGUGGCUGGACCAGAAAUGGGCCGGUGGUUUCGGAGAGGGUCUUGAUGAGAACGUGUGCGAAGCAUACAAUUUCAUUGUUAACAACUACACCCCUGGCGAUGAACUCUUCUUCUUUGGCUUCUCUCGUGGCGCAUACACUGUACGUGCGUGUGCCGGGUUGGUGUGCCGCGCCGGUAUCUGCACACCCAGUGCCAUGGCUCAAUUCUGGGAAAUGUAUGCCAAUUACAAAUCCUGUGACCCUACGAAACCAAUGGACGAGAGUUUGUGGGGCCAGGAAUGGACUGGAAAGCCAGAGCAGUACACUAUCAAAGUCAAGGAUCACGACAAACAAUUCUCCAAGGGCGCAGGCUUCGACUGGCUUUCCAAGGCAGAGAAAAACGUUACCAUCAAGGUCGUUGGAGUGUGGGAUACGGUGGGAAGCCUGGGAUAUCCCGACAACAUGUGGGUAGAUGUCUCUGCCAGGAACAAACCAUACGGUUUCCACAACACAAAUAUCCAUCGCCAGAUUGAGAACGCGUUCCAUGCUCUGGCGCUUGAGGAGCACCGCCAGCCCUUCAGCCCGACGUUGUGGUCGCUUCCACCCGGCAGCAAGACCAACCUCAUUCAAUGCUGGUUUCCAGGCGUACACAUCAACGUUGGUGGCGGCAGCGGCGACGGACUGAAACCAGAUAGUAAAGGCGAUCUGGAAGUCAUGAGUAUUACAACUUUCUUCUGGAUGGUCGAUCGCUGCUAUCCUUUCCUUCGAUUCCAAGUCGAUCCAAAUAUCGUCUCGGACUAUCAGAACGCAUUGAACAAACUUACGGAAAAGUCGUUGAAAGCAAAAGAUGCUAAAGGUCAGGCUUAUGGCGGCUGGGGUAUCGGCCCUGUCGUCGACAGUUAUGCCGAAGAGGCCUACAACAAGGUUAUUGGAUCUGCGACACGCACUCCGGGGCACUAUUUCCUGAAUAAAGUUGACGACAACCCUGAGCAUAAGGACGACCCUGAGCAUAAGAACAACCUUGAGCAUAAGGACAAACCUGAGCAUAAGGACAGCCAUGAGCAUACGCACCAACAGACGAACGAGUACAUGCAUCCUGUGGUGCAUCAUGCAUGGGAGAAAUCCCAAGACAUGCCCAAAGCGUUGGAGGGAUUUACACGCACAUCCCGCGGUCCAGGCAAAGGGAACGAUUGGAUCAAGAUAUAUGAGCCAGCGCAGCCAGGUAUCAUCAAGCGUGGAUGGUCGUACAUACGCGGAACUGCGGCGCCGUCCAAGAGCGAACAGGAUCUCGUCUCGAUUCCCGAGUUUGUUAUUCCCGCGGAAGGCUACAGCGAUAAAACCAAUCGGUACUGGCAACCAUGGGAGCGUAAACUCGUCCAGCAUUCCCUUGCUCGUGUACAGGGCUUCAUAGAUCAGACAGAGAGGGAGACGCGCGCAGACUUGAAAAAUGAUGUGGAAGGUGCAAGGUUUCUAGCGAAACUGGAUGAAGAGAACAAAGAUGUGAAAGAGCUGCACCUAUGGAAGGAGUCCGAAGUGACGAGCAGCAAUCCCAAAUACCAGCUCCCAGAUUCGGGAUGGUAGAAAACGACGGAUCGCAGGUAGUUGAUUAGUACAACAAUGUUUCCAUACCACGGAUCACAUCAGAAAGAAACCAUUACCGCUAGACAGUAACACCCU